AUGGCCAUGGAUGCCACGUCAGCAGCACCGAGAGCCAUGAACAGGAGCCGCUCCUCGGUGCACACCCUUUCAUUCUCCGAGUCCUCCUCUUCGCUCGACACCGCCAUUCCCGAGGACUCCAGUGUGCCCCCCAGACGAGUGCUCCAUGAGGCGUCUCACAGGGUGACUCAUGGCAGGGCACCGAGCCACAUCUCCCCAUCCUUCUCCUGUUCCCCCCCCCCCCCUGUGGAAGUGCAGGUGCUGCAGCUGGCAUCGCUGCACAUCUCGUCCAUCCCUGAGCCCCCUGAGCGUUCCCUCCUUGCGAACGCCCUCGCCUCCUCGGGCAACCUGCGGUCAGCACUCUCCGUCCUGGGCGAGAAGGGCCUGAUGGGCGGGCGUGACGUUGCCACACCACCAGCCCCACCAGUCUCCCACCCAUUCUGGCCAGGCCUGCCCCCAGGAGCACUGGGAGCACCAGGGAACAUGUGGAUGGGCGGUGGUGGUGGUAGCAGCAUGCCAGGAGCGGGCAGUGCAGGGGAGGAAGGCAGUGAGGGUGGCAGAGAGCUGCCUCUGGUGGAGGAGUUUUCAGUCCACCUGCACCUGCUGCUCUGCGCUCUCUCAGGCGACCCUGCCACCACCAAAGCUGUUGUGCAAGGCAGCAUUCCUCACGUCUCCAUCAUCCUCUCCCUCCCCAAUCUCCGCCUCCUCCUCUCCAUCCUCUCCUCCCUCACUCCACCCCCAUCGUCCCCGCCCCCCAAGCCAGCACACCAGCCAUCCUCCUCCGCUAUCCUCUUCCCUCCCACCACCUCAUCCUCCCAAACCCCUCCCCACGCUGCCCCCACCAGCAGCAACAACCCUCUGCCUGCCUCAGGGCCCAUAGCUGUCCCACAUCGCGUGGGGCAGCUGCAAGGAGGAACGGGGCGUCAAGGUGCCAGGAGGGGGAUUGCAGGCGAGGCUGGUAGUGGGGGUGGUGUAAGGAGUGGCAGUGGAGGGAUGACAUCUACUCCCUCCUGGUCCGAAAUGCUUCACACCAUUCUGCAGCGCGACGCUGCCAAGGUGCCUCAGCAGCUGCUGGCCUCUCCUGAUCUAGAAAACACCGGGCUUCCUCUUUUGCUACUGCAGCAGCAGCAACAGCAGCAACGUGAGGCUGGAGGGAACGGAAGUGGGGCUACAAGUGAGGGUGGUGGCAGCAGUGGAGAUGGGAACGCAGAGAAAGGACCAGGGGGGAUAAGUCGGGUGCAGUCACGGAGGGUGGCAGUGGCGAGUGGCAUGGAUGUUCUAACAGGCACGCCCAUUUCGGAUGUAGGAGUGUCCGUGGGCAGAAUCACAGUGCGACUGGACAUGAGUGCCUCGUUGACAGAGUCGCAUGGUUCCAGCAACAAGCGCAGCAAGGUUGCACAAGGAAGGGUGUCUGCUAACGCGGGAGCAUCAGGACCCCACGUGAUCACUCUUGAGGCUACUGGCUUGGACGUUCGGUGA